AUGGUCGGAUUCCAGCAAGCAACCCAAGUCAUGUUCUCGCUCAAGAGCUUUGGUCGCUGCAUUUAUGCCGCCAACCGCAUGUUUGAGGGCGAUGUCACGUUCUCGUCGUCGCCCUCGUUCGAGCACAGCGACAUGAGCCAGCCGUCGUCGUCGGGUGUCCCGUCGCAGUCGUACCACCGCGUCGUGUUUGGCCAUUGGACCUCUCCGCUGGCGCUCCGUGCCUGCCACAUUUCCUUCUCCCGCUUGGUCGAGUCCGUCCAGGCCACGCACAACCUGCUGCAGGAAAUCCCCGAGUACCAGGAGCGCGUGCCGGAGGAAAUCCGCGCCUACUUUGCCGCCUCCGUCCCUGCGCUCUCGGUGCAGACCUGCCUGCACAACUGGACGUCUGAGCUUCAGCUCGCUCAGUGCGUUGACACUGUCGCAGCCUCCGACGCGCGCCUGCACGCCGUCAUUCGCAACUCGGUCUCUGCUCGCUUCGAGUCUGUGACCCCUGGCACGAGGCAGAGCGCAUUCCGCGUGGCAUACACUGCUGCAGAGUUGCGCACGUGUCUGGCGUCCUCUCCCGGCCUCAUCGAGGCUGUUGGCCCUUCCGAGGCCAUUGGCGUUCAGACUGUUGUCCGUGCACUCUUCACUUUGAUCAAGCGCCGCUUCCACUAUGCGAUGCUCGUUUCCCAUGUGUUUGGCUCUGACGAUGACGAGACUGCCGCUGCCGGUGACGCUGACGCUGCAGCCCCUCGUCACCCCAAUGCCGCUGCUGCUCCUCACCAUCGUCGUCGUGGAGCCGACGGUGAAGCGCACGAUCGUCCACAUGGCCCUCGCGGCUGGCACUUUGGCGAGGCGAACAACCGCCAGCAACAUGGUGCAGGCGCCGAUGACCAGCGCGAGGAAGGCCCCCGUCAUGGUCCCGGUCACGGUCGCGGACAUGUCGGUGGUCGUCGUCACCACGGCUUUGUUCGUUUCAUUGUGUCGUUGCUCUCUGGCGAGCAUGGCGACUUGCGCCGCUGCGCCUACGCCGGCCAGCACUUUGUGGCGCAUCUCACAACUCUGUUGCAGUGCGGCGAUUGCUUGUCCGAGCUGACCCAGCAGAUCGGCGACUCGCCCUUCAUGCAAGCGCAUCCGCGAAAGGCGCAACGCUUCCAAACGCUUGCGCAUCUGCUUGGUGUCUCCACUCUCGAUGAGAUCAAUGUUCCCGAGGUCGCGCCCUGCCUGUUUGACUUCCAGUCUGCCGUCCAGGUCUACAAGUGCGUCCACAACGCGCUUGGCGCUACCCCGUACCAGUCCGAGUUCCAGGCCAUCUGGACGGAGCUGGACGCCGAAAACCAACACGAGCCCAACAACCCCCAGCCCGAUGAUGAUUCGGAUGGCUCGAAUGGCGACGAUCACUGGGUCAACCACCCCAGUGGCGGCCCGUUCUGGUCGCGCUAUCCGUUCAACCGCAUUCCGAAGGCCGGGUGGAUUGCCAUCUUUGUGGUGGCUGGCCUGCUUGUCGCCGUCCUCACCGGGCUUUUUGUCGCCAUCAUGUACCGUUCCGUCCGCACCCCUGUCACCAUCAACAAGGCCGCGCCUUCGCAGUACAAGUGGGCCAUCUUGCGCUGGUUUAACAUCAACAAUGGUGCUUUUGCCCCUCUCGCCCCUACCGAGUGCAAAUCCAAGCACGUGCUGGCCAGUCUGCCGGUUGCCGUUCCCGAAAACUGGGCGGGAUUGAAGAAGAGCUCUCCCGCCACAUCUGCUGCUCCAGAGGACAAGCAGGCCCUUCUUCUCGCCGAGGCCGAUGCCGUGUAG